AUGGAAGAGGAGAAGAAACAGCUUAUCGGAACUUCCGAUGUCGGUAAAACCGACUCCGACCAACAACCAUCCAAACAUGAUGAUGUUCUUUCGCCGCCUUUUGCCCCGAUCGGUGGAAAGUUAGAACAAACCCAGUCCGACGAUUCCGCCGCCAUCGACUGUUUCUACGAGAAAGUCUGUAAGUUGUGUGAAUCUUCGGGAAUCCCUGUUAUUGAGGAAACCAAGAUGGAUUUGUACAAGCUUUACAAGGAAGUAAUUGAAAGAGGUGGUUUUCAGAAGGUACUUAAGGGUGGGAAAUGGAAUGAAGUAACAUCGUGGUUCAAUUCAAGUUGUAGUAGUAAUACAAUAUCAAUGGAAGCAUCUGAUCUACGAAACAUAUAUUCAAACAUACUUUACAACUAUGAGCAAAUUUAUCACUAUCGGUCUCCAAAGAAAGAACACUCCACAACCACAAACUUCUCAACCGUUGCGAAGAGGAAGUACUCUGAAAUUUCUUGCUUACCAACAACAUAUGAUAAUACAAAGACGACGACUACUAUUCCUGCUACUACUACUACUACUCCUGCUACUACUAUUCCUGUAAACAAGAAAAACAGUCCUAAGAAAACAGAGGAGAAGUUUAAACGCGAAAAGGGUGCUCCAAUGUCUCCGCGAAAUGCGUAUCAAAUGUAUUUAAGGAUUGAAUGCGUUCGACUGAAAAAUAUGCAUAAAGAUGGGGAGGAUAAAACAUCUGGAAAUCAAAAUUUCAGGGAUAUUGCUAUUGAAUCAUGGAGGAAUCUCAGCCAGGCAGAUCGACAGCCAUAUGUAGAAGAGAGCAAGAAGGAUAAGGAAAGAUUCAAUGAAGAAAUGGCUGCCUAUCAGAAGAGUAAAAAGAAGAAGACAGAAAACAUUACAAGUGAGAAGAAGACAGAAAACAUUCCAAGUGAGAAGAAGACUGAAAACAUUACAAGUGAGAAGAAGACUGAAAACACAACAAGUGAGAAGAAGACUGAAAACACAAGUGAGAAGAAGACUGAAAACACAACAAGUGAGAAGAAGACUGAAAACACAAGUGAGAAGAAGACUGAAAACACAACAAGUGAGAAGAAGACUGAAAACACAAGUGAGAAGAAGACUGAAAACACGACAAGUGAGAAGAAGACUGAAUCAUCUUUGCAGCAGAAGGAGGACGAUCACGUGAUGAAGCUAGACUCAGUCCCGAAUGAAUCAGCAUCAGCAGCGGUGGAUGAUAAGUCCAUGACAAGUGAGAAGAAGAAUGAAUCAUCUUUGCAGCAGAAGGAGGACGAUUACGUCAUGAAGCUAGACUCAGUCCCGAAUGAAUCAGCAUCAGCAACGGUGGUUGAUGAGUCCAUGAUAAGUGAGAAGAAUACUGAAUCAUCUUUGCAGCAGAAAAAGGAGGAAGAUUACGCCGUGAAGUUAGUCUCAGUCCCGAAUGAAUCAGCAUCAGCAGCGGUGGAUGAUGAGUCCAUGAUAAGUGAGAAGAAGACUUCAUCAUCUUUGCAGCAGAAGAAGGAGGAAGAUUACGCCGUGAAGUUAGUCUCAGUCCCGAAUGAAUCAGCAUCAGCAACGGUGGAUGAUGAGUCCAUGACAAGUGAGAAGAAUACUGAAUCAUCUUUGCAGCAGAAGAAGGAGGAAGAUUACGUGAUGAAGCUAGACUCAGUCCCGAAUGAAUCAGCAUCAGCAACGGUGGAUGAUGAGUCCAUGACAAGUGAGAAGAAUACUGAAUCAUCUUUGCAGCAGAAGAAGGAGGACGAUCACCUGAUGAAGCUAGACUCAGUCCCGAAUGAAUCAGCAUCAGCAGCGGUGGAUGAUGAGUCCACGACAAGUGAGAAGAAGACUUCAUCACCUUUGCAGCAGAAAAAGGAGGAAGAUUACGUCAUGAAGCUAGACUCAGUCCCGAAUGAAUCAGCAUCAGCAGCGGUGGAUGAUGAUGAGUCCACCAUUAAAAUGGCGAAAAAUGCAGAACAAAGUUCAUCCUUGUUCCAAGUUACUUGGGAUGAUGGCCAUGGGAGCCUUGAUUUGACAUAG